GCAACUUCUGCAGCCAAGCUGACCGCAGCAGCAACAAGAUGGGGCAACUCCUGCAACUAAAGCAACCACACCGCGCUCCUGACUGCACCUAACAGUCCCCACUCGGGGCUCACGCACCCGCACACCGGAGUACUCCAAGUACCGUCCCGUUACCGUUAGCGCUCGUGCCGUCGGUCACUUUAACGAUCAGAGAGGUUAAAUCUGGGAGAGCGGAAGGGGAGGUGGAGGAGGUGCUCCUUCCUCAGACGGAGUUAAAAUAGUUUCAGGAAACUUUGAGCUGCUUUACUCGAGGUUCCCGAAAAAACUGCGAAGCUUCGCGGGAGGCGCACACGGAGCACCCGGGGGGCCGCACACGGACGGCGACAUGUCGGGGAGAACCGGAGCCGCCUGGAUGUGACUGGUAGGUGGGGUGUCCCCGCUGCUCCUAAACAACAUGCGGCCAGAGCAGCGCGACAGCAGCGGGACACUGCGGAGCCACAGCCGCCGGGAGGGCUCAGAGAGCAGCAGUCACAACUCUGAUCAUUCACCUCUAUCCGCAACCACAUGGAUCAUUUACAACCAAUAAAUCUUCCGUAAACAUAUUUAAACGUUACCAGAUUGUUGAAACUGUUCCUUAAUUAUUGAUCUCUAUUGAUUGUAUUUGGCAUGUGUGCAGCUUUACAUGAUUAUUGCUGAGCUAUUAAUGAUAUUAAUAACUUUAGCUCACACCACUGCUCAGUCCCAGCUCCAGAUGUUUAUCCUGGGUUUCUACAGUAGCUUAACAUGAGUUAAAGUUCAAAAUAAGCCCUCUUUAUCUUAAACUGGACCUUCAGUUCAUCAAACGUACAGAAUAGCAUUGAUGUUAAUGCUGUAUCGAUAAAUAUCUUUGUGUUUUGACUGUAUAUUGUAUUAACAGCCUGUGAAACCUUUAAACAGCAGAAGCUGAGCCAAAGGGCUUCACUGACAGGACCAUUCAAAUUCCAGCUCUAAAAAAUCCCAGUUUCAAACUACUACUACUUCAAACUACUACUUUUGUUGUGGAAAGUUAAAUUCACUGUGAUUUAGUGAUCAUUAAAAUAUGUCCAGAAUUAUCAAAUAAGUUAUGACACACUGAGAGGUUGCCACAUUAUUAGUAUUGGUAUCGGCAAUACUGGUCCAAUAUUUGCUUAAUAUCAAAUAGAUACAAAAAUAUGCACCUUGGCACAGCAUUUUAGCCCCUCCCUCUUUAAGCCACUUCCAUAUUAUUGGCUGCCACUCAUAAACAGAAUGCUAAUGGGUGGGGCUUUGCUGCCUGAGAUAACCACAUAAGGUAUUUCUCUGUGUGACUUCUUACAGAUCCAGGAGUAGAAAAAACUGCAACAUGUUAAUGAGUGUUGUGGAUAAAUCGUCUCAGACAUUCUGAGGAUGGAGGGAGAGAAAGAGACGUCUGAGGAGAAGGAGGAGGAAGAGGAGGGGGAGGAGAAGGAGCUUCAUCAGGAUCACCCCAUGGAGGCAUCCUCUCUGGACCAGGACCUUCCCAUCAUGCACUGGGAGGAACUGAGCCAGCGGAUAGCUGAGCUGGAGAAACAGGAGCAGGAGCGGAGGGAAAGGUCAAAGAGAGGGGCGGGGCUGAGGACGGAGGGAAAUCCAGAUGGUGUGUGGAGCAACGUCUGGGGGGAAGAGGAGGAGGAAGACUUCAGGAGGUGUCGAGUGGCAGUUGUUACGUCACGAUUUCACAACCACAGAAACCUGCAGCUGUGCUUCAUCAACAACAGCGACAGUGAAGAGGAGGAGGAGGGGGCCAAUAAAAAGGUCACAAAGGGAACAGGGCACAAUGGUUGCCAUGCCGCUGGGUUGAAACAGGAAGUGGCCACGGCUCUGAGGACGUUGAGAGACAAGUUGCUGGCCGAACAGAAGGAGGAGCGGCUGGCUGGCAGCAGCUGCGUGGCCCAGCGGAAACAUCUGGAGCGCUGGGAGCUGCAGGAACGCUCGCUGCAGCAGCUCGGCAGCUUGAGGGCGUCGCUGGAACGAGACGUUCACGCUCUGAGCUCCGAGCUGGUGGCCCACCUCCUGGUACGAGACCAGCUGAGGACGAAGCAGGACGCCAUGCUGCUGGACGUCCAGGACCUGACCUAACGCCAGAACGGCAUGGCGGACGCCUCGCACAGUCUCUGCCCAGUGCUCCUUCUUUCAGCCUCUCUGGGACCAGGCUGACUGCUCGGGCGUGUCAGCCCCUCAGCUGUUUACUGCGUCAGCGACAACCUGCCGGUUCAUCUAAACUGACCAAUCAGCAUCAUCCAGAGAAACGACGAUGACAUGAUCCUGGAAUAACAUUAAUAACAGAGCUCAGAUGUUGGAGGGUUUUUUUGGUGAAGUCAGAUUCAUUCAUCGGGACGGCCAAUCAGCUGCUGGCUUGUGACAGUCUAAACCGAAGUCUCGGUCGUUGUUCUGACUCCUGACAAUCGGGCUUGUUAUGUUUCUGUUGUUGGAGCAGCUCGUUCAUCUCACAGCAGCUCCGUAUGCGACGCCCCGAGUUCAUCCUCAGCCUCAAACAAUCCUUGGAGCUCAUGUUCCUUUAAGGCCCGCCUCUCUAUAAGCACACUCUCUUCUGAUUGGUCAUCUAUUAAGUCCCUUGUACGGAAACCUCAGAUAAUCUUCUUCAUGUUUUUCAGCAGGUGACAUGUUCAUGCAGCAUUUUCUCAGCAUGUUUCCAGGAUCACUAAAUCGUUCUGCUCCAAAACUGCAUGACAGGGGUCUUCAUCUGCACCACAGAUUUACAGGCUCGGCCUCUGAAAAUGAAACUGACAUUUUGGGAAAGGUUAGUAUAUUUUGCUGUGACGUUUGGAGAAAGCUGGAGCUUUUCAAAUCUUUUUUGAUACCUGUGCUCCUCUAAAUGCUCAUUUUAAGCCACCGUGGUAGCACGGUGUUAUUAUCCUCACUCUGUCCUACAAGAGGAUUUUUGUGGAGACUUUAUGUUCCUCAGAGGAUCCAUUGUCUUCGUCAAACAGCCUGUAACCGUGUUUUUGCCUUGAGACACAGGUCUUAAAAGCUACAGGAUGAAAUUUGGGAGACAUAAUCAUGGUCAGCAGACCAAAAACAAUGACUUUGAUAAACCCACGAGUCAAAUGUCUGUGGUGAGCGACCCCCUGGAAACCUGCGGUUGCUAUCAGUACAUGUAUAUUCCCACCAAGUGGUGAUUGGUUGCUGGUUAUCACUGGGUGAAAAUGGGUUGCAAAGGGAGCGCUGCACCCAAAAACCUCCCUGUGAUUGAUUUGGUUGCCACGUUUGUGUUGAAGACAACAACAUGUCUGCAAACAUUCACACUGAGCCGAGCGGUCGGGAAAGGCAAACAGGAAACUCCUUCAAAGUAAAAGUUGUACCUUACUACUGAAAACAACACAUUUCAAAAG